AAUGUGAACUACAGCUUGGAGUUUCAAUGUGGAACGUCACCCUACGUCACCAGGAAGUCCUCCAUUCCUAAAGCCAGCAGCAUCAUGGCGAACAGCACAGACACACAUAUUGAAGAGAUGCCUGAGCUCUCUGAUGGAGAUGAAGAUGAUGAUGAUGAAGAGCAGUGGAUGGAUGAGGAGAGGCAAACAGUUACCUGCUUAUUCUGCCACAAGUUGUUGGAUUCUGUUUCUGCAACCCUUCAGCACUGCACGGCUGAACACCAGCUCAGCCUUGUAAACGUAAUAAAGAAGCACCGUUUAGAUGACUACGGUUACAUAAAAAUGAUCAAUUUCAUCCGCUCAACAAAAUGUGCUCCAUCCUCGCUAAUGGAGCUGUCAGAAGACCCCUUACCCUGGAACAAGGAAGACUUCCUGAGACCAGUCCUUCAGGAUGACCCGCUGCUCCAGACAGACCUGGAGGAGCUGUGUGAAAAGGAUGACAUGUCUCCAUCACCCAGGACCCAGCCCAGUGACGAACUGCUCCGCAGAGCCCAGGCAGCUGAAGCAAGAGCCAAACGUUCAGAAGAAGCACUGACCAGAGCCAUGGAGGAUCUCCACAAACUAAAGCUCCUUGCUCAGGGUUUGGUGUUGAACGCAGAAACCAGCAAAUCAAGCAACCUGGGCGCUGUUGCUGAGCUGAGGGAGGAUGAGGAUGAAGCCUACUUCAGCUCUUACGGCCAUUAUGGCAUCCACGAAGAAAUGCUGAAGGACACGGUGCGAACAGAGAGCUACCGGGACUUCAUGUACAGCAACCCAGAAGUGUUCAGGGACAAGGUGGUGUUGGAUGUUGGCUGUGGGACCGGCAUACUGUCCAUGUUUGCUGCCAGAGCUGGGGCCAAAAAGGUGAUUGCAGUGGACCAAUCAGAGAUCAUCUAUCAGGCAAUGGACAUAGUCAGGUCCAAUCAGCUGGAGAACGUUAUCACAUUGAUUAAAGGCCGCAUCGAGGACAUCAAGCUUCCCGUGGAGAAGGUUGACAUCAUUCUUUCAGAAUGGAUGGGUUACUUCUUGCUUUUUGAAUCCAUGUUGGACUCAGUCCUGUAUGCCAGAGACCUUUACUUGGCUGAUGGUGGCUCAG